AUGGAUUCAUGCACUAAGGAAUUUUAUGAUAACCUUUUAACAUAUUUUAUCAAUUACGACCUUUCAUCAUUUAAUGUACGAAUCAUACCGAUGACUGAAGCCAAACAAGAUUUAAUUGAAUUAUCCACAAAUCCUUUAGAUGUAUGGAUAAAUACACAUUAUGAUGAAUUGUGUGCAGGUAUGAUAUGUAAAAAUGCUCUAUUCUGCAAACCAUCAGACAUGAAAGACAAGAAUUUCCAAAUGAGUAUUAAGGAUAAAUGUGAUAGGAAACAGAUAAGAAUAGACGGUAAACAAACAUGGUGUUAUGUUUUGAAAGAAGAAAUGAAAGGAUUAUAUAAACAGGUUGAACCAAACGAUAAUGAUGAUUCAUUUACUGACGAUGAAAUACCUGUAAAUGAUGCUUUAUAA